AAAAGCAUGUGCCCUACCGCGCCAUUUAAAUGUAAAGAAAGUUGCCUCGGUUGUUUGUUGCUUUAGUUCAAGUCUUUCGACUAACGUGUGAAAAUUGCGUCGACUCUGGCUGCUUGUAAAGGUUUGACUUAAACCAAUAAAAAUAAAAACUAAGGAUGGGAGCCAAUGAGAGCAAGAUUACCGAGAGUGCUGCAGACAAACCACAAGCCCCCGUCAAGAACUCCCGGGUCGCCCAGCUCAACGAUCCACGCUCCCCAUCGGUGGCCAUUGAUCGCACACCCAUCCAGGUUGGUGGGAAUAAAAUGAAUGAUGUGACCAAUGAGUGUCCCUUGGAGAGAGAUCCCCGCUCACCCACCGUGGGCAUUGCCCGCACGCCUGUCCGAGAAGUCAUGAGAGCCAAAGUGGGCAGCUUUGCUCGGCGCCUGGGUAUGUUGUUGCACGUGGAGGCCGAGGGCAAACUCCCCCCAAGUGGCGGCCCCGCACAAGAGAAUCGCGACGCCCUCAAGAGCGAGGAGCUGGGGUCCACGGAGCCUCUCCUGACUCCUCAGAGGCCGCGCCUCUUCGGCGCCUUGGCCGAGCACGUCAACUUCCUGGACGUGCCUGUUCAAAGCGAGGACGGUUCCUGCAGCCCCUUUGUGCUGCUGGAGGAGCCCCAGGUGGAGGUGGACAUCGAAACGGACGGCGCCAGCUUGGAAGAGGCGGAGGAGGCCCGGGAGUCUCCGCUCCACAAGAGGCUGAGCAUGAGCCUCAUCACCUGUCACGAGGGAGCGCCCGCCUCCCAGAUCCUCGCCGAGGUGCAUCGGGACGGCAGCGGCGUCGCUGCGGUAACGGCGUCGCUAAACGGCGGUGCCGAUCACCUCCGUGGCCUUCCCGAUGUCACGCCGGAGCCCACCCUGGUCUCCUCGGACCCGCCUGUACAACUGCAGGAAGACGCCAAAGAAGUCCCGAAGGAGGCUUCCCGGGCGCCCGGCUCGCAGCUUCCCACCGGUGCCCACCGCCUCACACUGGACAUCCGAAGUCCGAGUCAGGUGGUCUUCAAGCCGCAGUGGCUGGGUAAAGGCUUUGGGGCCACUGGGCUCAGAGCCAGGGCGGUGCAAGGUUCCAAAGGGGGGGCCUCGCCUCUCGCAGUGUCCGUGGUGGUUAAGAAUGUCAACGAUGAAAACAAAGGGAACUCUGGGAAACAAAAGCAGAAAGAUGGCCGCUCCCCGCUACAGAUCCUCAACUCUCACAGGGUACAACCUCAGAUGAAGCUCAAAACUUCCACCCCAGAGAAGCCUCGGCCCGUCCAGCUGGACCGCAGACUUUUGGCCGCGUCUCUGAACAAUGAGAAUCGAUGAUGUGCAAAUUUGUAAAUUAUUCUUAUUUUUAAAAGCCCCUUUAUGUCAAGUUUUUAUGUGCACAGCUUGUACUUUUUUCCUGCCUUUUACGACCACCGUGUAUUGUUUUUCUUGUCCCGUUUUGUCAGUUCUAAAAAUUUUGAAUAAAAUUAACUGCUAUGCA